CUUUCUUUCUGUCCAUGAAGCUCGCCACAGACGGUGAAAAGCUCUCUCCGUUUCAAAUUCAGACAACCCAAAAACCAAAACCGAAAAUUCAUCCAAAAAGUUCAACAAAAGGAUCCGGGAUCUCUGAAAAAAUCCAUUCUUUUUCACAUAAAUUUUGCUAUUCACACCAAGAACCAAAGAAAUCAAAGAUGGUUUACUCUUACACACCCACAUACUACUCUACACUCCAUGACUCGAUCACCUCAUUAUGCAAGACAAUUCUUCCCUUCAACUUCAAGAAGCGGCGAUUGCCAGCGGCGGAACAGAAGCUCUCGAAGCUGCAGUCGGACAAUCUCAAGUGGCAGCAAGAUUCUUUCCACCAAAUGCUUAACUUGAUGGGUCUUCACAAAGAAGGGAUUUUGGCUGAAAAUGAGGUUUCAGCUUUCCGGUCACAUUUGCUCGAGACCCUCAUCGCUUCUCCCCCGGAGCAAGAGCAGCCGGUCAUAUUAAGAGAUAAACUGCUCUUUUUGCAGGAGCUCUUGUAUGCAAAAUGCAUUUCUUCAGAGGAAUACCACUCUUCCAAGAGGCCAUUGCUUCAACGAUUGGCGGUUCACGGAGCUGAGAUUGAGGCCAGAGAUGUAAUCGCUGGAGCUCUACCGAAAGACCCGAAAGAGAAUUCAGAAGAGGAAUGGUCUGUGAUUGACUUGAAGGACGAAAACUGCUCUUUAAGCAAAGAAAACUCAAAUUCAAAAAGCAAAUCGUCAAAGCAAAGCUCGGCGAUGAAGCAGAUCAAAGGAGCAGCCUCGGUUUUCGGGUUUGUUUCGUCUUACAAACCCGGGAAGAACAGAGAAGAGAAGAGCAUAUUUGAUUUGGAGGCAUCGAAGCUUGCUUCCUCUAACCCGAAUUGGGAUGGUAAUUUGAUGGGUAAAGAAAAUGAGACGAGCUCAAUUCUCAUGGCCGGAACCUUCAUGCCAGAACCUGUCAAGGAAAGUGGCGGGGGCAUGGAUAAGUCAAAGAGAAAGCCUUUUAAGGCUCUGUUUCAGAGAGAACAGAGAGAUGGACAUGGCAGCAGCGGUGGUGGUGGCGGCAGCGGCGGAGGUGAUCAUGGUGCUAAUUGUGGCGAAACAGUGUCAAAACCGACGAAAAAGCAUUGGGGUUUCGAUGGAUUCAAGAAAUGGAACAAAAAUGAAUCGGAUGAUGAGACGACUCCAUUGCCCCUCAACGAAAGAUCAGACUCCGACGCUUACUCGAAUUCAUGCCAGCUGGUGGCGAGCCCUGCAGGAGAAGGGCCAGACACGAAGCUAAUUAAGAAAAAGCUUCAUAAAGAUGGUGCUCCAUCUGAUUUCUUCAUUGACAAGGUUUUAGGGGAUAAGAUAAAGAAGGAGCUAUCACGAAUUCAAUCAGAACUCUGCACCACAAAUCCCAAUCUCAAAUUCUCGGAUGAUCAAAUCGAAGCAAUUUCAACCAAGCUUCCCGUCGACAAAUCCGAUCUCAAGAACUUCUUCCCCAAGUCAUGGUGUGAUAGGUAUGGAGAUGUUGUUCUAGACGUGGUGAAGAAGGAAUUCAAGGACCACGUUGGAGAAAUGGAGAACAUGAGAAAUGAAGCAAGAGAAAAAAGAACCAGCAACAACUCGAAGCGCUGGACGACAUUUGACGACGAUGAUAGCGAGAAUUUCCACCCGAAUCUGUUUGCUCAGAACAAUGACAACCUUUUUGGUGAUCAUAACAGAAGUAAUGGAAGUAGGCUGAGAUCUGAAUCAGCUUUCCUCCAAGACCAGAACCCGUUUUGGUCCCCGAGGCAUGGUUCUUCCUCAAUGUUGGCUUAGACGAAGAUAAAACAGACGACUCUUUUGUUGUUUGUGUAAUUGUAUGUCGUUCUUAUGUGUUGUGCUUUUAUAGUUUGUUGAGUGAUGCGUGAAUUUGUUAUUUUGGAGUAUAUUUUAUUCUUGAACAAUGGAUCUAUGGAAGAAGAAUUCUGUUCUUCGAGUAAUUCAAACACGAUGGUGUUUGCAGUUGUUUUGUACUGAAUGUUCAAAAUAUUGUUCCCAAUUGGGUUCAAAUAUAUUGUUUUCAUA